GAGUUAGAAGACCAUGGUCUUCUAUUUGGCUUUCAAGUCAUAUAAUCGGCAGUGGUCUUCUAAUAGGGGAUGGUCUUCUGUUAUGGGAGGGGUUUAUGUUAUAUAAUCUUUGUUUUGUAUUAAGGUGAAAAAUUGACAAUGAUCCAAAUAAAAGAAUUCUUAUCUAAAAUACCUAAUCUAAUACAUUUCGAACUUGAUACUGAAGGUUAUAUGGAUCUUAUUGAUGGUCAACAAUGGGAAUUAAUUGCUUCAAAUCUUAUUAUAUUCGAUUUUCGAAUUCAUCUUCUCGAUCCGUUAUGGAAUUUUUCCGAAGAAAAUAUUCUUCAGUCAUUUCUUUCAUUAUUUUGGCUUGAACAUAAACGUUGGUUUGUUGCCUAUGAUGGUUCACAUAUGCGACAUAUCUUCACAAUACCUCGUUUCAUAUCAAAUACUGUCAUAUAUUCAUAUACUGAUUGGCCACCAUUAUGUACAUCGUCUGAUCUCUGUCUUGAUGAAUAUAUCGAUAUAUAUCAUAUGUCAUUACUCAAUCCAGUUCCUCAUCGUUUUACAAAUAUAACAUCACUCGUAUUCGAUACAGACGAAAUUAUCACUGAUAUUGGAUUAGUUGCGUUUAUCAGUCUUGUUGAACAUAUGCAUUUCUUGCACUCAAUUUCAUUUCGGGAUCUGUCAGUAUUGAAUAAUGUACCAAAUAAUGUUGUCUUUGAGAAGAUACGUAGUUUAUACGUACGAGACAUCAAUACAAGAGCAAAAGUUCGAAUACAAUUGGAUAUCAAUUGA